GUUGAAGGCGGUCGAGGCUGGUAUGCGCCUGGACGCCGGGAACAAGGACUUGCAGGCCGUGCAAGACCGCGCCAAGCCCAAGUUUGAGGCCGCGGAGCGAUCUCGGAAGUCGGGCCUCAGCUCCACGGCGCUGCUGAAGGAGAAGGGGGACGACUUUUACAAGAAGGCUUCCUUUGAGGGGCGUUUGCGUUUGAACGGCAACGGGUGAGAGUGUCGAGGCCGACACAGGGACGGCACACGACGGUGGGUACGAUCGUGAGCGGUCAAGUGCGUUGGGUCGGCUUUCGAACGGGUGACGGUAUGAGCGCUCGAGUAAGGCUACCGUUGUGCGUGGUAUGUCUAUGCGCACGUGGGUUUCGAAAUUUUGGGCACCGCUGGUAUACCUCCGCCAACGAUAACCCCACAUACCACAUCCGGGAUGAACGCAGUCGAGCCCAC